AUGUUCUCUAUCCUUCGACCGAUAAACAUCUUCCAGCGUCUGAAAAACACGCCCAUCAGCCCACUGACGUCAGCCAAGACAUUAUUGUCGACGCUGCCUACUACCACGAUGGCGACUGGAAACGAUGUAAAGAUCACGUCUUGGGUUAGACCAGACGAUAAGUCCGGAGAGUACAAGCGUGGACAAUCCGCGUUCAGGAAUUGGAUCUCCAACAAGCCAGGAGCUCAGUUCCCGCCGGAGAAGGGCAGAUAUCAUCUCUAUGUCUCCUACGCUUGUCCAUGGGCCCAUAGAACCCUUAUCACGAGGAAGUUGAAAGGGUUAGAGGAUAUCAUCCCAUUUACAGCCGUCCAUUGGCAUUUGGGAGAGAAAGGAUGGCGUUUUGUUACUCCUGAUGAGAGUCUGCCUGGUGAGAACGUCACAGCGGAUCCAUUGAAUAACUAUUCCCACCUUCGUGAUAUCUACUUCAGCGUCGACCCGGAGUAUAAGGGCCGAUUCACCGUGCCAACUCUCUAUGAUACGAAGACGAAGCAAAUCGUUAGCAACGAGAGCUCGGAGAUCAUCCGCAUGUUCUAUCAUGAAUUCGACGACCUGGUGGCUGAGAAAUAUAAAUCCGUCGACCCUCUCCCUGCAUCUUUGGAGAAGGACAUCGACACUGAGAACGAAUGGAUCUACGACACCGUGAACAACGGCGUCUACAAGUGUGGAUUUGCAACCACUCAAGAAGCAUACGAGAAAUCGAUCCCACCACUCUUCGCCUCCCUCGACAAAAUUGAAUCUCGCCUGGCCAAGAGCUACUCCCCUUCUACCCCGUUCUAUUUUGGCGAAGCCCUCACGGAAGUCGAUAUUAGGCUCUUCACGACGAUUAUCCGUUUUGAUGCCGUGUAUGUGCAGCACUUCAAGACGAAUGUACGUGAUAUCCGGUCUGGGUAUCCUGCCAUUCAUCGCUGGGUGAGGCAUUUGUAUUGGGAUUAUCCUGCGUUUAAAGAGACGACGCAGUUCGAGCAUAUCAAAAAGCACUAUACGAAGAGUCAUGGGCAGAUUAAUCCGUUCGGUAUCACGCCUGUCGGGCCACUGCCAGAUAUCAUGGAAAAGGACGAGGAGGUUAAUUCUGCUAGGAAGUGA